AUGCAGCAUGCUGCCACACCACUUCCUUUCCCUGCCCUACAAGCCCUCCAAAAUGGCACCCGCUCUUACAGGCGACCUCCCAACAGCUCCGCACAACCUAGGUGGUCCUAUCUCCAAGGAUAUCUUCCCAGAUGGGCUAAAAACUACCGGGCAACACCCCCUCUCUACGACGAGCUCGUUCCCUUCGACCAGUUCCCGCGCCAGAUUACCGGCCCUACUGUCUGGAAAGCCGAGGAUUACCGCGAGAACCCGGAGAAAUGGACGCAUACUUUCAAUGAGGAGCAGGUAGCCGAACUGAGUGCUGCGGCAGAUGCUUUCCUUGCUUCUAAGACACCUUUGACUGGCAUUUCCAAGAGCAAUUUCCAACUCCCAAAGCUAGCAGAGUAUCUCCACAAGCUACGCGCAGAUCUCAUUGACGGAAAGGGCUUUAUUCUAUUCAAGGGCUUCCCUGUCCAGAAAUGGGGUAACCACAAGUCUGCCGUGGCAUACAUGGGCCUGGGUACAUACCUCGGCUACUUCGUCAGCCAAAACAGUCGCGGCCAUGUACUCGGCCACGUCAAGGAUCUCGGCGAGGAUUCGACGCAGAUCGAUAAGGUCCGGAUUUACCGUACCAAUGCUCGCCAAUACUUCCACGCCGACGACUCAGACAUAGUCGGCCUCCUCUGCAUAGCCAAAGCCCUAGAAGGCGGCGAAAGCGACCUAGUUUCCUCCCACAACGUCUACAACACCCUCGCAGCCGAACGUCCAGACGUCCUAAAAACCCUAAUCUCCCCAAUCUGGUACUUCGACCGCAAAGGCGAAACCUCAACCGGCCAAGAAGAAUUCAUCCGCACAAGUGUAAUCUACCUAGAGCGCAGCGCAGCCGAAACAGGCAUCGAGCCGCGCGUCUACACAAAAUGGGACCCGUACUACGUCCGCUCUCUGGGCCGCUUCAGCGACGCAGGCAUCAUUCCCCCUCUGAGCGCAGAGCAACUCGAGGCAUUGAAGGUCCUGGAGGAGACUUGUGUGCGGCUUUCGUUGCAUAUGGUUCUUGAUAUUGGGGAUAUUCAGUUCCUGUCUAAUGCGCAUAUUUUGCAUGCGCGGACGGCUUACACGGAUCAUGCGCCGCCUAAGCCGAGAAGGCAUCUUAUGCGGCUUUGUAAUGAGAAGAAGAGGGGGGGUAUCCAGGUUGAUGAUCAGGCGCCUGUCGCGCCUUUGGAUGCUGAGUAG